AGACUUCAGAAAGCGCGACGCCUUCAGACCGUGCGGCUCGCGGACGGGUGCAGAUCUGCUUAAUACUUUCAGUGAUUUUUUAUUUAUUUAUUUUUCUUUUUUUUCUAUAAGGAAUUUCCUUUUUAACAUUUUCUUGUUUGAAUGAUUAUAUAAAAAAAAAAAAAAGAGAGAGAGAUUAAUCGAACUAUUGGAUCUAACGACCACCAGGCUGCAGCUUACCCUUUUCAAGGCGAGCAGGAGAGCAGCGCGUGCAACUCGGAGAGACGUGAGCUGUCCGGUGCUGGACGCGUGUGCGCGCGCCAGUGGAGACGGAGGGGGAGAGAAAAGGAGCUAUCCGGUGCUGAAGUUGCAUUUCCGCCGAAAGAACGACGCGAGGCGACGCGACGGCACGAGAAGCUCACUGACAGGAGGGGGCGAGGUGCAUGCCCGUGCAUGCGUCCGAGCCGGAGCCGUCGUGCAACAACAAAGAAAAAAACAAAACAAAGAAAAUACCAAUAAAGCAAACAAACAGGGAUUUUUGUUCUUGAUUUUUUGCCUCGGCGGUGCAUGAAGAGCAAGAGAUCUGAGCGCGCGGCCGGGGCGGACGGACGAGUGGUGUGUUUUUUGCAGCAACGUGAAACAUGCCAAGGUCUUUCCUGGUCAAAAAGGUUAAGCUCGAUGAUUUCUCGUCUGCUGACCUCGAGAGCUCGUAUGGCAGAUCCAGAGCGGACCUCAGCCUCCGAUUUCAAGGAAAAGCGGCAGGUUACAUCAGCGACUACAUAACACCGUCUGUGUAUGAAGCCGAGAAUGAAACUGGCAUUAAAGUGCCCUCUCCGGGGCCCAUCUACGAGAGCCUGCACAGUGAUUAUGGGGCGCCGGACUCCGACCAGCCGGACAGCCCGCGCUCUGAGAUCUCCACCGGGUACAUCAACGGGGACAAUGCGGUUAGCGAAGGCUACACGGUUGACGCCUUCUUCAUCACGGACGGCCGCUCGCGCAGGAGGGCCGUGGGCAGCGCGAGGAACGCGCAGCGCCAUACGUGCAACGAGUGCGGCAAGAGUUACGCCACGUCUUCAAACCUGAGCCGCCACAAGCAGACGCACCGCAGCAUGGACAGCAAGAUGGCCAAGAAGUGCCCAACGUGCGGCAAGGUGUACGUGUCCAUGCCGGCCAUGGCCAUGCACCUACUCACGCACGACCUCAAGCACAAGUGUGACGUGUGCGGCAAGGCGUUCAGCCGCCCCUGGCUGCUGCAGGGCCACAUGCGCUCACACACGGGCGAGAAGCCUUUCGGAUGCGCGCACUGCGGGAAGGCUUUUGCCGACCGCUCCAACCUGCGCGCGCACAUGCAGACGCACUCGGCCUUCAAGCACUAUAAGUGCAAGCGCUGCAACAAAACCUUCGCGCUCAAGUCGUACCUGAACAAGCACUACGAGUCGGCAUGCUUCAAGGGGGCCUUUUCACCACUCAGACCCGAUUCAUGAGAGUCCAAGUGCACCCACAACUUUUUUUUUUCUCUCUCCUGCAACAACAGAACUGAGGAAAACUUGGAUUAUUCGCAUGCAACUUUUUUCUUUUACAGGCGUAACCACCUCACCUGCCCUCCAUCAAUCUGUUCGCCUAUUCCAAGCCGAAAAUCAGCAACGUAUUUUGCCAAAAAAAAAAAAAAAAUUCAAGAAGAAGAAAAAGAAAGAAAAAACUUAGAGGACAUUAAAAAUGUCUAACUCUCAAUUAAAAGGUCAAACCUUUUUUUUCUUCUAAAUAUUGGAUCACAUUAUACUGCUGCCAGUGGCCACAAAAGUGUUCAGCGUCGAGGUAAAACUAUUUAACUUAUUUAUGUACUUAUUUAUUCUUUUUCUACAAGUCGUCUAAAACCAACCUUCAUUUGCACUUUAAUUUAUUGUCUUUUUUUUUUUUUUUUGCCUAGCCAUUAAUAAUGCCAAAGCAUUUGCCACUUUUGCAAUGUUUCUGUUUUGUUUGUUUAUCUUUAUCUUUAUCAAUCUGUUGCAUGCAAAAAAAGAUGAUAAUCUAUGCCAGUUUUAUCAAGCUUUGGAUUUUGAUUUUGGUUUUGGUUCGGUUCUACGAAAAAAAGAAAUCUAGUUAGAAUCAGUCUGCAAUAUUUCUCGGGAGUCAUUAAAAAUUAAUAGAGCAAUAAUGCAUGGUAUUUUUUAAUACAAACAAACAAACAACAACAACGACAAAAAAAAAAAGAGAGGAAUCAACAAAUAAUAGCUAUAACAUUUUUAAUCACGAUUUUAAUCCAAUACCGUUAGUAGUCGUGCAGAAGAAGAAGAAGCUCAAUAUCAGGGAAAUGCCAGUGUAGUAUUAGUGGAUAUAGACCAUGGGCUGGGGGUAGGUCAUGGUGG